AAGAAGAAGAAGAAGAAGAACUUAGCUAAAGGUUUAAUAGCAAAUAAUCCCUUGAAUUAGCUUUUCUUAAUUUAUUCUUUGAUGCUGAUCGAUGUUAUGCUUAUCUUGGACAGGGGAAGAAAUGGUUGCUUCUGUUCCUUUGUGUUCCUCGAUUUCAUUUUGAAUAAUCUUUCCCCUAAUCUUCAAAAAGAAAAAGAGCAAGAUCUUAGUUUCAUGCACUUCUCUGAUCCUUGAGGUUGUUGAAAAGGGUGGCACUUUGCACUUCUCUGGUACAUACACAUCUUCUUCAUCAAUUUUCUAUCCUUAAAAUCACACCCUUUGCAAAGAGAUAUCCAUGGCGGCCGAGGCAGUAGCAGGAGCAUUUCUCUCCAGCAUGUUCCAGUUUUUGUUUGAGAGGAUGGAUUCUCCCGAGAUUGCCGCAUUUUUUAAGGGCCACAAACUAGACCUUUCACUGGUGAAGAAGUUGAAGGUUGCUAUGAUCACUGUUACUGGAUUGCUUGAUCACGCUGAGGAAAAGCAGAUUGUUGUGCCUGCCGUGAAGAAGUGGCUUGAUGAGCUCAAAGAUGCGGCCUAUGAGGCUGAUGACUUGUUGGAUGAGAUUGCUUAUGAAGCUCUGCGAUCAGAGUUAGAAGCUGGAUCUACGACAAAAAAGCUAUGCAGACUUUUCUCUUCUCAUAACCCAUUUGACAUGGCAGUGAAUGCAAAAUUAGAAAAGAUCCUUGAGCUACUUGAAUAUUUAACAAGACAGAUGAAUGCCCUGGGUCUAACUCUGAGAGAGGGCAUUGGAGAUAAACCAUCAUCGCACAAAACACCAACUACUUCACUGCCAGAUGAUGAAUCUAGUAUUUGUGGCAGGAAAUAUGACAGAAAAAAAAUCACAGAGUCAUUGUUAUCUAAUAGCCAUGGCAUAGGUGUGAUCUGCGUCGUUGGUAUUGGUGGCAUGGGUAAAACUACUCUUGCUCAGCUUGUUUACAAUGACAAACAAGUAGAUCGACACUUUAAUCUCAAAGCAUGGGUCUAUGUCUCUGAAGAAUUCAAUGUCUUUAAGAUAACAACCGAAAUUCGUAGCAAGGUGUCUUCAGAGGAUUGUAAGGCUAACAAUUUAAGUGAGCUUCAACAAGAGCUAAAGCAAAAAUUGGAGGGAAAAAAGUAUUUGCUCGUCUUGGAUGAUGUCUGGAGUGAUAAGUAUGCUGAAUGGGAAAGUUUAUUGAAACCUUUGAAGGCAGGGGCACAAGGAAGUAAGAUUGUUGUUACAACUCGCAUCCAAAGCAUAGCAUCAGCUAUGGAAAAUAACCAGAUGCUCAUUGAUCUAAUUCAUCCUUUGGAGAAAUUAAGUGAUGACGAUUGCUGGUCCAUGCUUGCAACAUAUGCAUUUCAUGAUGAAAUUUCCAAUUCAUCAUUUGAAGCUGUUGGUAAGGAAAUAGCCAAAAAGUGCGGAGGUCUACCAUUAGCUCUGAAAACGAUAGGGAGUCUCCUCCGAUCCAAAAGAAAUGAUAAGGAGUGGGAGAAGAUAUCACAGAGCAAUAUGUGGAAUUUGUUGAGCGACAACAUUGUUCCAGCUUUAAAAUUGAGUUAUCAUUAUCUCCCUUCGCAUCUAAAGCAGUGUUUUGCUUAUUGCGCAGUGUUUCCAAAGGGUUAUGAAUUCUACAAAGAGGAUUUGAUUCCUUUAUGGAUGGCUGAGGGUUUCAUAAUGGAAGCCAAAGAAGGUGAUGAUAAUGAAGAUUUGGGUGACGCAUGCUUUAAAGAUCUUGUGUCAAGAUCUUUCUUUCAGGUGUCUAGCAGCUCUCAAAAUUGCUUUGUUAUGCAUGACCACAUGCAUGACUUAGCCAAAUCCAUAUCUGGAGAAUUCUGCUGUAUGUUGGAUAAAAAUUCAUCUGAUAAGGUUCCAACAAAGACUCGUUAUUUAUAUACUCGUCAUGGACGUGAUCUUUAUCAUUGA